CCGCCUUUUCUCUCACUCUGCAAACGCUACAUGCUGUGGCUAAACGUUUUGAAUGUAGCUAGCUAAUAUUCACGUUCCCGACAGCUGGCGUAAUGUAAUGUAAAGGCUGGGGAUAGCAAUUAUAGCUUUCUAGUUGCAGGUCGUGUCAAUAAUCUAUAUUUUUAUGAGUCCUACUUGACCCCCUCCGGUGAUGCAUUCACUGUCCGGGGAGAUUGAGGGCUUCUCUAAAAGCCGCCUGAGGAAACAGUGCACCCAGGUUACCACGGUGACGGGUAGAAAGCUGUUGGAGAGGCACACUGAUGGAGGAGUUGAGGUGGAGGAGCUGGAGGAGGGAAACGGAUGUGGAUUUGUGGAGGAUAAAAGUCUGGACCUUCAAGUUGGAGUGGUGCGACCCUUCUUACUGCUGGCCUCUCAGGAUGCGGCCCACGACAUGGACACCUUGCAGAGAUAUCAGGUGUCACACGUGCUAAACGUGGCCUACGGAGUAGCCGACCUGUUCCUCGAUCAGUUGGUCUACAAGAGCGUCCAGAUCCUGGACCUCCCGGAAACGGACGUCACUUCGUACGUGAAGGAGUGCGGCUCCUUUAUAGAUCAAGCCCGGGAGCAGGAUGGCGUGGUUCUGGUCCACUGCAACGCCGGCGUGUCGCGCUCCGCCGCCAUCGUCACGGCGUACUUGAUGUGGAGAGAGGGGCUCCCGUUCGACGAGGCGUACCGGCAGGUGAAACUGGCGAGGCCUUCCAGUCGACCCAACCCGGGAUUCCGCCGCCAGCUGCAAAGCUACAGACCGUGAACAUCACGUUCGAGUUCAAUUCCAUUCCCGUUUUAUUCUGUAGCGCCAGUUCACAACAGAAGUAAUCUGAAGGUACUUGACCUUUGGGGGCGGGUCGAGAAGCAUGCUCCUCAAACAUUGGGGAACCGUGUCAGGCCACGGACGCAAGGAAGAAAGCUCCAACAGACCAAGUCAAGUCAAAGGUGAGACCGGGGAUUCUCAAAGCUGUUGGGUCCACGUUUCCAAGGACCCCUUCAUAAUCCUAACGCCACUUAAACAUAACCUUGUGAGCCCCAAAAGGCCAUUGGAAGUAGAAUUUGCCCAUAUUCAACAACGUGACAAUAACAAAUUGAGAUUUUUUUGGGGGUGGUAGAAAAAAAAGUUGUCAUAACAAGGAAUUAAAAGAAUAAAGUCACUUUUUUUUCAAGAAAAAAAAUGUUGCAGUGUAUGUGUGUGGGAGCAAGAGUGAGCUCAAGUGUGUGUGUUUUUGUGUGCGAGUGUGUGAAAGAGAGCGCGUUAUAGUGUGUACAAGCGGGUGUGUGCGUAUGUGCCGGAAACAGACAAAGCAUCUCCCAAUGAGAAAUGAUGGUAACUUGUCAUAUAAAAUAUAU